CGCGGGACGGAAGACGCCCGAGAAGACCGCCCCCGUAUAUAAGAAUCCUUCCCACAAUUCUCUCUUCCUCUUCGCCAUCUUCCUGCUGCUUGCAGCCAUGAAGGUCGAGCUGUGCAGUUUCAGCGGGUACAAGAUCUACCCAGGGCAUGGGAGGCGCUAUGCCCGCACGGACGGGAAGGUUUUCCAGUUUUUGAAUGCAAAAUGCGAGUCUGCGUUUCUUUCAAAGAGGAAUCCUCGGCAGAUCAAUUGGACUGUCCUGUAUAGAAGAAAGCACAAGAAGGGCCAGUCGGAAGAGAUUCAAAAGAAAAGAACUCGCAGGGCUGUUAAAUUCCAGAGAGCCAUCACUGGAGCUUCUCUUGCUGAUAUAAUGGCCAAGAGGAACCAGAAACCUGAAGUUCGAAAGGCCCAACGAGAACAAGCCAUCAGGGCUGCCAAGGAAGCAAAAAAGGCCAAGCAAGCAACUAAGAAGACAGCUGCAUCUGCCGCUAAGGCUCCCACAAAGGCAGCACCUAAACAAAAAAUUGUGAAGCCUGUGAAAGUUUCUGCUCCCCGAGUUGGUGGAAAACGUUGAUUGUCUACUAAUUUUGAUUAAGUAAAAUAAAAUUGAAAGUUACUUUGACUUGAA